AUGAUUGCUCUCAAGUCGUGGAAAAAGUCUGAACGGGUCCGCUGGGACGGAAAUAAGCAUAGUCCUGAGGAGACGGCUGGCUUGUUUGGUCUCGGUGCCCUUUCAUGGCUUAACCCGCUCUCGUUGGCAGGAUACAAGAAGAGAUUGGCCCUAGAGGACUUGUACCGCCUCGAUUGCAACUUGGCAUCAGAGCAUCUGCAGGUCAAUCACCCGCCUGUGUCAACAGUCUGCGCAGUAGCCCUGGGAAACGUUACGGUCUGGCCAGAGCGCUGA